UUGCUAUUUGAUCCGUGCAGAGGGAGUAGCUGGCUCCGUGCAUGUGGAUGCAGGGACUUUGAUUGAAGUUAUCCUUCAAGGAGCUCAUUUAAGCUUAUUUUGCUAGGAAAUGGCGGAGGAACGUCAAAUUACAGAAAGGGUGGAGAAAGUCGGCGACUUGACCGUUUAUGUCGUGGGCGAAGACUCCAGGGAUAAACAGGACGAGAAGGAAAAUAUUAAGAAGAAGGAAGUCAUGAUAACUUUCCACGAUGUUGGAAUGAAUCAUAAAACAUGCUUUGAAAGGUUCUUCCAGCAUGAAGAUAUUGUGGGCCUGUUGGAGCGCUUUAUAAUUUAUCAUGUGGAUGCCCCAGGGCAGGAAAGCAAGGCAGAAAACCUGGCACCUGAUUAUCAAUACCCAACUAUGAAAAAACUAGGAGAGAUGGUUGGUAACGUGAUUGAUCAUUUCAAUUUAAGUGAUGUGGUUUGUUUUGGAGUGGGUGCUGGAGCAAAUGUUCUUACAGAAUUGGCAGUGUCAAAAUGGGGGGACAAAGUAGCUGGAUUAGUUGUUGUAGAGCCAGGGAUUUCUACAGCCAGCUUCAAGGAAUGGGGAGAAGGAAAGGUUAGUAUGGUCCUUAGAGAUAACCAUAAACACACAUUUUCAAGCGAUUUAUUAACUUUUAUUUUGACAGUUAACUUUUCGUUAUGUUUUGCCAGGAAAAGCGAGGACAAAUUUUACUAUGGUGAUGUGUUGAAACACACAGAUGUGAAAAUUAAGAGUCUGCUCACUCCUGACUGUGGAGCCAGUGUCUUGGAAGAAAAGCCGGAGAAGAUGGCAGAGGGGUUGCUUUUGUUUAUUCAAGGCCUAGGACUGGUGCCAACACUGCGCACGCGCUCGAUGUCUCGAACCAGUUCUACGUCAUCCACUGGAUCUAGAACCCAGUCCAUGAGUGAGGAUUGAUCGCACUAACAAACCUGCGUGUGUAUUGAGGAAUUCUUCUUCAGUAGAAGUUUUUGAGAGGUGGAUUGUCAAGAAGGAUUUUAACCCGUCUAUAAUGACUGUUUUUUUAGCCGACGAUAAACUUCGUGGAUAGAAAGUAAUACAUGUACUAUUAAGCAGAUUGGCGUUUGACAAGGUGAUCUGUAAAAAAUAAUUGCACAGGAUUGUACUGAAUUGAUAUAACUUAAUUGUAACAAAGGAAAUGAUGUAACAUGCUUUUUCACAGCGAUUAUGCUAACAUUACUAUUUUCCAAGGUUUUGCAUUCUCAGUUACAGAUUUAAAUUUUCUUGGAUAAGGUCCUUGAUAGCAACUUGUAGUAAAUGAGAUAUUUAACAUCUGUCUUUGUCAUCAAUGCCAUCUAUUUUCCAGUCACUUACUCGUGCAACUGCAAUAAAAUUUGUCAUCAAUCUUU